GGCGGGGACACUUCCUUUCUUGGGCGAGUUGGCAGAUAAUAAAAGUGGUACAAGGACGACUGAAGUGAACAUGGCCCCCAGCACGCAACGGAAUGAAGCUGUGUCCGACGUAAAAAAAGGAAUUCGGGCAAUCCUGCUUGGACCCCCUGGUGCUGGGAAAGGAACACAGGCUCCUCGGUUGGCAGAGCAGUACUGUGUGUGUCAUCUGGCCACGGGGGACAUGCUAAGGGCCAUGGUGGCAUCUGGCUCUGUGCUCGGCAAGAGGCUCAAGGAGACCAUGGAUGCUGGGAAACUGGUGAGUGAUGAGAUGGUGGUAGAACUCAUAGAAAAGAACCUGGACACGCCUCCCUGUAAGAAGGGGUUCCUAUUGGAUGGAUUCCCCCGCACAGUGAAACAAGCAGAGAUGCUGGAUGACUUGCUGGAGAAGCGCACAGAGAAGCUGGACUCAGUGAUCGAGUUCUCUGUCAACGACUCCCUACUGGUGCGCAGGAUCUGUGGCAGACUAAUUCACCAGCCUAGUGGUCGCUCCUACCACGAGGAGUUCAACCCACCCAAAGAGCCAAUGAAGGACGACGUGACAGGGGAGCCGCUGAUGCGCCGCAGCGACGACAAUGCGCCCACGCUGCGCUCACGGCUGGAGGCCUACCACGGGCAGACUGUGCCCCUGGUCAAAUACUACAGUGCCCGCGGCCUGCACAAGGCAGUCGACGCUGGCCAGUCCCCCGACGUAGUCUUCUCCUCCAUCCUCGCCGCCUUCUCCUCGGCCACAGCUGCCACCUGUAAAGACCUGGUGCUCUUCAUCUAAGCUCCCACUUCCUUUUCGGUCUCUCCUUCACGCUCCUAUCAUCUAGCUUUCCAACUUUCCUUUUUUAGUGUUUCUUUCACACUCGGGACUAGUCUGUGCUCUGUUCUCCUCCCCUUCGUCUCUCUGCUCUCCACUUUCUUCAUUCUGUGGUGGGGUGUCUCCCUUGUACUUGAACACGCUUCACUACUGGGACUAGACUUCUCCUGGAAACUACGGAGACUGGACUAGCUGGUUAUAAUGGAGUGUAUAAAAUGAGUGUAAUUUCCCCUUGGGCCAGGUAUACAUAUCAGUGGUAAUCCAAAUACAUGUUCUUUGUAAACCAGUGUAGACUAACAGUGAAAUGCUUACUUACGGGCCCUUCCCAAUAAUGCAGAGGG